AGACAGUUUCCCAACCUCAGAUGUGACAAAGCAUCCCCGCAGAAGUUUGACUAGGUCCCAGAAUGAGACUACAGGAAAUUAUAUGAGGCUCGAUACUCUCAUUUGGCCUCGACGACAAUUACUGUCCGGUAACUUUGCACAAUAUGGGUAUCUUCGCUCUCAUCAUCAUCAAUAAGGCCGGCGGUCUAAUCUACAACCGGACCUUCAGCGAAGGUCUCAACCAACUCAACACAAAUGACUAUCUCGUCCUAGCCGGAACCUUUCACGGCGUGCACGCCAUAACCGCCCGCCUAAACCCUAUCAAAGAACCCCCUUCCCCUCCCUCCUCAGGCGGGUCUCCCAACCGCGCAGAGCCCGCCUCAGGUCUCGAGGUAAUGGAAACGGAGAACUUCCGACUGCAGUGCUUCAACACCCUAACGGGGACGAAGUUCCUGCUGUUUACGGACACAAUGCAGAGCAACGUCGAUGGCACCAUGCGCAAGAUCUACGAGCUUUAUGCCGACUACGUAAUGAAGAAUCCCUUUUACCAGCUCGAGAUGCCCGUGCGCUGCGACAUGUUCGAGCGUAAGCUCAACUCGUACAUUCGCGAGAUUAACAGUUCGCGGUGAUGACGUGAUGGGAUCAGGGUCAGGUUGGAGGAGACUUAGGCAGGGUGGAAUGACGGGGUCGAGUGGAUUCAUUGUAGACCUUACGAAGGGAAGGACGACUAUCAAGGUUGGAAGUCAUGGGCUGAGAUAUAUCACAUGUCUUGGCAUCUGGUAUGAAGAAGACGAGGCCAGUGUUGGCAUUGCGAAGCUUCAUGUUGAGGCAAGUCACGAAGU